AUGCUAGCUGAAGAUUUGGCUGAAAGGUCAGACGACGAAAAAUUACCCAUAACCGGGCGUUUAACGCCCGUUGGUUGUUCGUCAGAAACUGAAUAUGGAAAAGGUGUAUCAGAAAAUGAAGCUGAAGAAUUAGCCAAACUUCAGUUAUUAGAAGAACACGAAAAAUUAAAUGCAUCGUUAAGUGCCCUAACACGUCAUUUUGCACAUGUACAAUUGCGUUUACAACAAGUUGUUGGCGCUUCAACGGAAGAUCGCGAACAUCUACUACGAGAAUUGCAUGAAUUUGCUACGACUGGAAUUCCCGAUGCUAUUUGUCAACCCACGAAAUACAGUCAAGAUAUAAAUAAUGAAAACUUGAUUGAAGCCGAAAAAAGUCGAGAACGGGAAUUUAUUAGUGAACUAAAACAAAAAUUGGACGAAUUAGAACGAUAUGCGCAAGCAUCUGGCAGUCUUGAUGGAUGUCCAACAUCAGUAAUGAUUGAGAAGCAAAAAGUUCUAAUCGAUCAGUUACGUGAGAAAUUAGAUUUACAGUUGGAUGAUGUAUCUGUGUCGAAAUUGAGUGCCGAAGAAUUGCGAAAACUUGUGGAUCAAGCCAUUCAUCAGUUGACUAAUCCUGUAAAACUGAAAGAAAACUUAAUACUUCAAAUGCGUACGCAAAUUAAUGAUUUAGAAAGUUUCGUAGAAUUUCUAAAAGCCGACUCAGCGAAUGCUGGUGCAUCAAAUAACGCCGAUGCUACUCAAAAUUCAAAUAAUCAGUCAGCAAUAUCUGGAAAUGCGUCGUUGCCCAGGACAAGAACGAUGUUGAAUAGCAAAGCGUCAACAAAAUCGAAUGUUAAUCAAACAGCACCAAAAUCAUCAGUAACCAGACAACAGGCAUCAGGCACAUCAAGCGAUGGCGUAAAUUUCGGCCAAUCGAUUAAGAAAUUUGUUAUAUUAACGCAACUGUAUACAUUUUUACUACUAACAUGUGGUACACGUAGCAUGCAAAAGAGACAGACAGGAACAGCAAUGAAAAAAGAAACGGUUGCUAAAAAACAUUUUGGGGAUUUACGAGCAAAACUUGAAAUUGCUAUUGAAAAAGUUCUAAAUGCCGUUCGUUAUUCCAAUUCAGUAAUGGUACACAAUAACAACUACACCGACGAUGAUGUGUCGACAAGUAGCGACGAUGGAGAACAUGAAGAAGAUGAAUAUGAUUCAGAAGAAGUUGUAUUGGCUGUACGCCAAGAACUUGCACCUGCUUUACGUGCAUUGAUGGAGCAUGGUCUUUAUGAAACCAAUUAUUCUACAAGUCUAGUGGCAUGGGGCUGUUUUGCAACUCGAGCUGGCGGUCUACUACAUACAAACGACACAAUGCAUAUAUGGAAAUUAUUUUUGCGAUAUUAUGGCAUGAAGCAUGGAAAUGACUUUGCAAAUAGUCCGGCAAGAAAGUUAUCACAAUCAUUUUCGUUAGAAGUAGUUGGAGGAAAACCUAUAACACUCAAGCAGUGUUUGCUCAGCGCAAUAGAUACAAUUGUCAAAUUGCAUGAAAAACAUAAUAAACCAAUGGAUAGUUGUUUCAAAGCAUUCAUUUGUUUAGCAUUAAAUGAAAAGAAACUGGUAUCAUUUUUACGUGUAUUAAUAAAAACAAUUCCACUAAUUGAAAACUAUUACCAAUCAUGGAGUUAUACAAAAACAACUGGAUUUAAUGAUGCUUUACAUUCAUUGGAUCGUUUAUCAACAAUUGAUUUUCGUUUACCCGUUAAUAUAUCCGUGCGACGUUUCAUGAAUAUAAAUGAUCUUUUUGGAUAA